CUAUUAACCCAAAUGCUCCGGAAAAGGAAAACCCCCAAAGAGUGGUUCCACGUCUGAUGUUAACCGGCUCAAUCGAAAUUUAUUUACAACAUAUACUGAUCUAUGAACUUGAUUCUUCCUGAUUACUGAGUAAGUAAUAAGAUGGCGCUGGCAACAUUUGUUUUUGCUCCUGCAGUUCCACUACAAUCAUCAUCAUCAUCAUCAGUUUCAAGGCUACAAUUUAGAUGCAGAUUACCAUUAUCUACAGCACUCUCCUUUUCUUCCUUGUCAAAUUCUAAAUUAUCCUCCUCCAGGUUAGGGUUUCAGUUAGUGGCGUCUUUGGAUUCGCCUGAUACUGCUACUUUCACUUCGCCCUCCACCAGGCUGUAUGUUAGUGGACUUUCAUUUCGAACUACUAAAGAGGGUCUAAGAAAUGCUUUCGAAAAAUAUGGGAACCUCACAGAAGUGAAUUUGGUGAUGGACAAAAUAGCAAAUAGGCCAAGGGGCUUUGCUUUUCUGCGUUACACAACAGAGGAGGAAUCUAAGAAGGCCAUCGAGGGGAUGCAUGGGAAGUUUCUGGAUGGCAGAGUCAUAUUUGUUGAAGUUGCGAAGCCCAGAUCAGAGCUUCGUAAAAGCCAAAAUCAGAAUUCAAGAACAUUCUGACGAGCUGAAUUAUAUUUGUCUCGUUCCCCAGCUGUUGGUGCAUUUUACCGGCUUCUAAGUAUAUGGUAGCACUGUGCUUCAGCCUGUCCAACCGUCAGAAUCAAACUUGCGAUCAUCAUUUAUCUGUUUAUUUCCAGAUGCAAGAGUUCUGAAUGCAAUUUCAUUGAUUUCAGUACCUCUGUUUCGCCACCUGUCUUUGUAUACACAUAACUAUCUAAAGAUGUAUAAUAGAUUGAUGGUUAACCAUGAUUAAUUGAGCUAUUAUUUCACUUA